AGAGAGAAGGCAAAAAAACACAAACAGAAGAGGCUAAGGUAGAAACUGUGUUGGGGGAAAAAGGAGAGAAAAAGGAAGGUAGAAGAUAGAGGGGGACAACUUGAGAGGAGAGUUUUCAUUAGUCCCACCUUGGAGCUGAAGUCCUGUCCAGUAUACAACCAGAUUGAUGAGCAGAAGGGGAGGUGAACAAAAUAUCUGACCUAAAGAAGUUGAUCCUAAAUCAAGAGUCAAAUCCUCUUCAUCUUGAUUGUCAACACUUAAAGGCCCCCGCUCCAGAUUUCUACUGCUUCCACCGAAGAAGUCUCCAUCCACUCUGCCGUCCAUACUGGAGUAUGCCCUGUCAACCCUGCCGCUGAUCCAGGCGGUCAGCAUGAUCUCUCACUACCCUCUAGCCACCCUGCUGCCCUGGCCCGCAGGUCCCAACCACCACUGUCCAGACCUGGACUGCACCUUGCUGCUGGAGGGAGAAGGCGGGGUCGCCCUGCAGAGGUACCAGCCUUGCUCCCCAGAGAGCAGCCCGCGCCACUGGAGCUCAGUGCAGGACUGGGGGGAGGAAGUCGAGGAAGGAGCCAUCUACAACGUGACACUAAAGAGGGUUCAGAUUCAGCAGGCGGCCAACAAGGGAGCAAGAUGGCUAGGGGCGGAGGGCGAUCGUCUACCUCCCGGCCACACGGUGAGCCAGCUGGAGACCUGCAAAAUCCGAAGUAUCCGCGCUGGAACCCUGGAGCGUCUGGUGGAGACAUUAUUAACAGCGUUCGGUGACAAUGACCUCACCUACACCUCCAUCUUCCUGUCCACCUACAGAGCCUUCACCUGCACACAGACUGUACUGCAGCUACUGUUAGACAGGUAUGGAAGUGUGGAAGAAAACGAGCAAGACACAGCCAGACGCCAAGGCUCUGAAACCAAUGGAGCCAUCAGAAAUGCCCUGGCUUCUAUCCUGCGUGCCUGGCUAGACCAGUGUCCCGAAGACUUCCAGGAGCCUCCUGACUACCCUUGUCUCCACAGACUGAUGGACUACCUGCGCAGGGCCCUGCCAGGCUCGGAGGCUCUUAGACGGGCAGAGGGUCUGCUGGAGCAGCUGCAGAGUCAGGCCAGCAUGGACGACACUGAUGCUGGUUUCCAUGGCAACAGUUCUUUCUGCCUGGGGGAGGAGGAGGAAGUAGAGAUUGAGGUCCAGGAGGACUUCCUGUCGUUUGAGGCCGACGUGGUGGCUGAGCAGCUGACCUACAUGGACGCGCUGCUGUUUAAAAAGGUUGUACCCCACCACUGCCUGGGCUCUAUCUGGUCCCAGAGGGACAAGAAGCACAACAAGCACAGCGCCCCCACCAUUCGAGCCACUAUUACGCAGUUUAAUGCUGUGGCAGCAUGCGUGGUCAGCACAGUGUUGAAACAGAGACAGAUCAGACCACAUCUCAGAGCACGGGUCAUCCAGCGCUGGAUAGACAUCGCUCAGGAGUGUCGAAUACGCAAAAACUUCUCGUCUCUGCGAGCCAUUGUGUCUGCGCUGCAGUCCAACCCGCUGUACAGACUGAAAAGGGCAUGGGCCUGUGUGCACAAAGACAGCAUGCAGACAUAUGAAGAACUGUCGGACAUUUUCUCCGAUCACAACAACUACCUGACCAGCAGAGAGCUCCUAAUGAGGGAAGGCACUUCAAAGUUUGCCAGUCUGGAGAGUUGUGCCAAGGAGCACCAGAAACGCACCCACAAGAGACUACAGCUGCAGAAGGAAAUGGGAGCAAUGCAAGGAACGAUACCGUACUUGGGGACUUUUCUCACCGACCUGACCAUGUUGGAUACGGCCCUGCCUGACCUAGUAGAGGGUGGGCUGAUCAACUUUGAGAAGAGACGCAGGGAGUUUGAGGUGAUCGCUCAGAUCAAGCUGCUUCAGUCGGCUUGUAACAGCUACUGUCUGAGGCCAGAGCCGGCUUUCCUCCGCUGGUUUAAGAGCCAGCCUCAGCUCAGUGAGGAGGAAAGCUACGCCUUGUCCUGUGAGGUGGAAGGUCUUGGUGACAGCAGCCCAACCUCACCUAAACCUCGAAAAAGCAUGGUGAAGAGACUCAGCCUGCUGUUUCUUGGAACAGACAGUAAUGCGGCCAGUUCUCCAGUCAGAGAGAUGCCGCGCUCGCCUCCUACUGGCAGCUCAGGGGAGAGCAUGGACUCAGUCAGCGUGUCUUCCAGUGACUCCAGCAGCCCGUCAGACAGCGAGGGCCUCACUCCCACUCACACCUCCGACUCCCAGCAAAACAAGCUAUCGGAAUCCUCCUCUUGUACUUCACUCCACUCCAUGGACACCAGCUCGUCGACGGCCAGUGUCUCCCUGACUCCCGCAUCUCCUUUACUCCCCGGGCUGCCCUGCACCCACAGACGCUCCAUCUCGCUCACACCCAUGUCCCCUUGCUCCCCGAGCCAAACCCCAGCUUAUAACACUCAGGCCCAAGAUGCGUGCAUCAUAAGGGUCAGCCUGGAGCAUGGCAACGGGAAUCUUUACAAGAGCAUAUUGUUGACCAAUCAAGACAAGACUCCGGCUGUAGUUUCUAGAGCCAUGGCGAAGCACAACCUGGAGGUGGAGCCAGAGGAGGGAUACGAGCUGGUACAAGUCAUCUCUGAGGAGAAAGAACUGGUGAUCCCAGACAACGGCAAUGUCUUCUAUGCCAUGAACACCUCAGCCAACUUUGACUUCCUGCUGCGGGUGCGGGGUUCAGCGCGUCGGACAGUCCAGCUGCGAAGCCGGUGUAGCUCCACACUCCCCCGCAGCCAGCACCGCUCGAGCCUGUCGCUCAGACUCAGCAAGGUCACGCUGUGACCCCUGAGCCGCAGGGACACAGCUGUUUGCCCUUACGCCACUAACCCAGGACAAUACAAAGCAUGGACUUGAGGAGGCUGGAUGGACACAUGGAUGAGGAGCACUGGAGGACUGCUGGUGGAUCAAAUGAGUUUUCAGACUCUUAAGGAGCUUUGACUCUUACCCGUUUCUCUCCAUGAACUGUGUCAUCCCGUCUUGUCCCUUUGUCCAGCCUUAAUAUGGAACAUGGGUGUGUAGCGUGACUGCUGUGCCAGUUGGACUUGACAUUUGACUAGUGAUGCCUGACAAACAGAGUGAAACAGCGACCCCAGGUGGCCUACACUCUUUAGAACAACAGGUUUUUGCACAUGUUAACAGGAGCAGCCAGACUCCUGACCUCCAACAGUAUUCUGAUAUUGAAUGAACUUCUUUUUGUCUUGUGAUGUCUGUGCAGUUUAAUAUUUACUUUUCUAAGUAUUAGAUGUGUGAUGAAUGCAGAAAGAGGAGAUGGAUGGUGGGAUGGAAGGAGAAGUGGACUGAGUGUCAAGUCCUGUUGCCUUGAUUAAUGAAUGAAUGGACCUCUGACAGUAUUCUGAAUGAUAUUGAUUGACAGGAGCUGUUAUGUCAUUAUUUUCUCUAGUUGGGCGUGUUUAGCUGCCAUGCCCGGCUCGUGCACAGUGUGCAUGUUGUGUGUGUCUUCACCCCCUCUCAUAUUGUGAGCUGUGUGACGAAUGCAUCGUUGUGUGCAUUCUGAUUGGUUCCAUUACUUGGUUUUAACAAGUCCUCGGCAAAUAUUUUAAUGGCCUUACCUGCCCUAUCUUUAGGGUGUAGAGAUUAAAAUUUGUGCUGCUUUCCAAUCCAGAAAGACGUUCCCUCACAUCCUUGCAUUAUCAGACUUGUUUAAAAAAUGAUAUGAAUGAAGAUAAUAAAUGUACAAGAACAGAGAAAAGGAGAGGAACUGACUUCCUGGAAUUGAAAACACCAUGCAAAGUGUCUCAAACUGAUGUAUACUUGUACCUCUUUGCCCUUCAUUAUAUGAACUGUGGAGUUGCACUUGUCAGUUGGUAGGAAAUGCCAAUGGGAUGUGAAUACAGAAGAACGAGCAAGCCACUCUGUAAGUGGUUUUCUCCCUCUUCACUAAAUGAAUUACUAUUUUUCUUUGUAAUUGUUGCUUUUUAUAUGUUUUUUGUAACAAAAUUCAGGCCAGAAAUGUAUGCCAUGUUGGAGAGUGAUCGAGGAUUUAUUUUAAAAGAGUACCCAACAAAAAAAGACAGUGCCAGAUUUUACUGUCAUACAUUUGGAAAUCUUUACUGAGGGACACUUCACUUCACUUCACACACCCCAAAAUCCAAACACAGUAAACAACCAUCUGUUUGUCUCAUGGGCAACACUCCUCAUUUCCGGCACCAUCAUCGUUUCACAGCAGCAUGGCCAACACUUAUCACCUGUCACAUAACUGCCACACAUUUGCAGAUGAACACUCAGUGUUCAUCAUCAACAUUUGUUUUCUUCCAGUUAUAGUCCACUCCUGCAGCUCUUCCAAUGUCAUGCCACAUUACUCCCCUCCCCUGUAGGACUGGUUCACUGUUGGACUUUUGUUAAUGGGCCCAGUGGGCCCAGUCAUUUAUCUCCAUGUAGCACUUCACUUUUAAAAAUGUUCUCAUUAAAUCCCCCUCAGUUUGUGUUCUUCACUGCCAAAGACUCUUUCUCUACCUGAAUAAAUAAAUUAUUAUCA